AUGACGAGGAAGGGACCUUCUCCUCUUGUCACCUCGCUUCUCGUGACGGCACUCAUCCUGUCGAGCCAACUCGCGCCAAGAGUGGAGGCCGUGUGCGACGCUAGCCGGCUCCUCCCCUGCUUGCCUGCGUUCGGUUCCCCAUACGUGCAGCCGACGGCUGAGUGCUGCGGCAGGCUGAAAGAGCAGCAGCCGUGCCUCUGCGACUUCAUGAAGGACCCGCGCUACAGAAAGUACGUGGAUUCUCCCAGGGCCAAGGAAAUCUUGCAAACCUGUCAAAUUCCCUACCCUCGGUGUUAA